GGGUGGGGGGGGACUCGCUGUUUCCCGAAUGAAGGGUUGUCUUUAGCGUGGUUUAAAUUGGUUGCCCAAAAAAAAAAAAAAAAAAUCAAGAGGCACGAGUAGUCAAAUGAAUUGAAUCGUUCGGAUUGAACAAGUCCGAGGCGCAAGAUAGGAAGACGUCCACUGUUUUCGUCCAUUCUUUGCCAAGAGCAGCACCACAGACUCUCAAUGAAGGAGCCUGAUGCAAUCAAGCUCUUCAUUGGGCAAAUACCCCGAAACCUGGAGGAAAAGGACCUGAAGCCCAUCUUUGAGCAAUUCGGCAAGAUUUAUGAGCUGACGGUGAUAAAGGACAAAUACACGGGCAUGCACAAAGGAUGUGCCUUCCUGACGUACUGCGCACGUGAGUCGGCCCUCAAAGCCCAGAAUGCACUGCACGAGCAGAAGACACUGCCAGGGAUGAACCGUCCUAUCCAGGUGAAGCCAGCAGACAGCGAAAGCAGAGGGGAAGACAGGAAGCUGUUUGUGGGCAUGCUGGGAAAGCAGCAGACGGACCCUGACGUGAGAAAGAUGUUUGAACCCUUUGGCAGCAUCGAGGAGUGCACGGUGCUCCGUGGGCCCGAUGGCACCAGCAAAGGGUGUGCAUUUGUAAAGUUCCAGAACAACGUAGAGGCCCAGGCUGCUAUCAACGCUCUGCACGGGAGUCGUACUCUACCAGGAGCGUCAUCCAGUCUGGUCGUUAAGUUUGCCGAUUCGGAGAAGGAGCGGGGGCUUCGGCGAAUGCAGCAGGUGGCAUCUCAGCUGGGAGUCAUCAGUCCCAUGACCCUGCACCUCGGGGCCUACAACGCCUACACGCAAGCUUUAAUGCAGCAGCAGGCCCUGGUUGCCCAGUCAGCCUACCUCUCUCCUGUUGCCACGGUGGCGGCUGUUCAGAUGCAACAGCUGGCUGCCCUCAACCACAGCAGCAUCAUCGCCACACCGCUCGCAUCCAUCACCCCCUCCUCAGGUACCAGCACUCCACCCUCCAUUGCUGCCACACCCGUUCCUGCUCUGCCUCCGCCAAUGGCGGUGAGCAGCUACCCCUCCGUGGCGGCACCCCCAAACGGCCAAUCAGCAACUGAGGCCCUGUACACCAACGGGGUCCAUGCCUAUCAAGCUCAGAGUCCUGUGCUGGACCCCCUGCAGCAAGCUUACACAGGCAUGCAGCACUACACAGCCACCUAUCCCGCUGCCUACAGCCUGGUGGGGCAGCCGUUCACCCACCAGCCCACUCUGCUAGCUCAGCAACCGCAGCAGCCGCAGCAGCUCCAACAACGCGAAGGUCCUGAAGGCUGCAACAUCUUCAUCUACCACCUGCCACAGGAGUUCACCGACUCUGAGAUCCUGCAGAUGUUUUUGCCCUUUGGAAAUGUCAUCUCGGCCAAGGUCUUUGUUGACCGCGCCACCAACCAAAGCAAAUGCUUCGGUUUUGUGAGUUUUGACAACCCAUCCAGUGCUCAGACUGCCAUCCAGGCCAUGAAUGGCUUCCAAAUAGGCAUGAAGAGACUGAAAGUGCAGCUGAAGAGGCCCAAGGAUGCCAACAGACCUUACUGAAGGAGGACAAUUUAGGAGUUCAAUCAAGAAAACCACCUCGGGAUGUCCCAGCCUUGUUUGGUUGUUUUACCAGCCAUAAUAGCACAUAGGAGCAACACCUCACACACACACAAAAAAAAAAAAACAGUAUCACAUGUUUGAAAUACAUUUAUUUAAAAAACAGCAACUGCAGUAAUAUCAACAAACAAAUCAGCAGAAUAUAUGGCAACAAUAUCAGAAGUGCUCCAAGAGUUCCUAUCAUUCCAUAGCUGGAUUCAUUUAUAUGAUGUACUGUACAUACUCUGUUGGCAACAAGUUCUUAUCUACAUGUUAAAAAAUAAAAAAUAAACACAAAAAAACAAAAGCAUAUCACUGAUGUGAUUCUACUGAACAGGGUCCUGCUGUAUAGUGUGAUUUGUGAUCUAGAAGGUCGGUCAGUCAGAUCGGAGGGAAAAGAAAAUAUAUUCUGUAUGAUUACCACUGGUAAUUUUGUUAUGUAGAAGUAGUUUGAUUAUUUAUACUUAAAUUAAGCUCAUGGUUCCUAACCAGGAAGAGAAUUGAAUGGAUUUCCUCACGCUGUACAUACCUUAUUUGGGGGGGGGGGGGG